AUGGACCAAGUCGAAUCAAUGAACUUUGCAGUUCAAUACGCAAAGGAUCACCCUGAGGCAACUGGACAACAAGUUUACGCUGCAUAUAUGGCAUCUAAACAGGGAGAGAAACUAAUUUCGAAACCCACGCAUGAACUACCGGAGAACAUUACAGUCUGGGACAAUGCAUUCAAAAUUGAGUUUCAAGAGCCCGCCAAGUUCCUGACUGGGUUGAUUGACCGCUUAAAAGAAGUCGCCAGUGACAGUGUAUCUUACAAUUACUUGGCUGUUGUCCAGUCGUCUGGCUACGGGAAGACCAGAUCGAUUUGCGAACUUACAUCGAAAGGGAUUCCUCUAAUAUAUGUGUGUUUUCGUAGCAAAGGUUCAACCGGUUAUCCACCGGCAACGCCGAUGAGUGAUAUUAUGUUGAAAGAAUUGAAGGCUGCUGAAGAUAUAAAUACUGCCCAUGCAGCAUCAGGACAGUGGAUCCGGGCCAUGAUGAAAACAUAUUAUGAAAUGGAUCUGUUCUCAAAACCUGCGGACUUACUAAGUAAAAAGGAGUCAGAGGCCGCUUUCUGGAAUAAAGUUUCUGAUAGUAAAAAGUGGAUUGUUGAGAAUAAGAUUUCUGGAGAAAAGUUGGGAUUGAGCACAAGCAAACAGAAAAUACAUAUCUUUUUCGAUGAAGCUUCUUCUUUACUCAAUAAAGAUAAGACUAAUUAUGGAGAAACAAAUAUACCGUUUAGGGCCGUUCGUCGAGCACUCAGAGAUAAUCGCCUUUAUGUAGUUGGGAUCUUAACUGACACAAACUCUUCCGUUGUCAAUUUGGCGCCCUGGAAAGAAAUGGACCCUUCAGCGAGAGACUAUAACCUUGAAACACACAAACCGUUUAUCUACAUAGCGACAACAGACUGUUUGAGGAACGUGAACGGAAUCCCACAGAUAGAACAUAGUGAAGGAUACGAUAUUAUCAGAUUCGGUCGACCACUGUGGAGCUCUUAUUGGUUAGCGGCACCUGAUGAUACCGACAAGUUUGACAGUGCGGUGCGGCUUGCAAUACACAAACUCCUUGGUGGAGCAUCCGCUUGGAGUCAAAUUGAAGAUUAUAGGCUAAAACGUACAGCAGCUCUCGCUCUAGUUGCCUGCAUUGCCUCCCUUUAUGUUUCCCCGACCUCAAGCGAAGCAUCAGACCUUGUCAAGGCACAUAUGGGCACACUUGUCGCCAUUGAUAAAGAACGGAAGAGGCUUCUUGUUACAUAUCCAUCAGAACCAGUUCUUUCUGAAGCUGCACUCGAAGUGCUUUCUGAGGAAAAUAGUGAAGUUGAAAUUUUGAGGGAACUGGAUGGAGCCUUCCAGUCUGGUGGUAUUCUGGAAGCCGGAUGCCAGGGCGAGUUGGUCGCAAGAUUGUUGGUGUUGAGUGCUUGGCGUCGCUUGAUAUGCCACAAAAGAUGCGAAGUGAGAGUGUCAUUCUCGAUUCGUCAGCCGGUCCUCGACUUUCUGGAUGAACUAAUAGUGAAUUUUCCAAGGAAGAAAUGUUUACAACUUGAUGGUUUUAGAAUAGGAUUCUCUCAUUUUAUUUCCCUUACUUAUGAGCCAGAUAAGGAGACUUGUAAGGAGAUAUGGAACCGGCGUGGAGCCAUUGUCUUCAAACGCAAUCAAAAAGGCGCAGAUUUAGCGAUACCAAUUAUUCGUGAAAGCGAUAAGGCCUUGGGUGCUCUGAUUUUUCAGAUUAAGAACUACAAUAGUGCAAAGCAAAAUCGAUUUGAGGAGACACAUGCUGUCAAGACGUUAUUAUCACCCGAAGUGAUGUUUGCUGACGAUUGUUGUGCUGAUAUUGAGAAAAAUUAUCUGGGUAUUUUCGUGCAUCUUGGGUCUGCUUAUGAAAGUGAAUCUGGGACAAACGUAAGCAAUUAUGAUAAUGGCAAGCUGUCCGAGGAAUGUGAUUCUGGAAAUCGUCUCAUUAUCCAUGGCCUGAAGGCCUUCAAACUUGACGAUGACCAUGAAAGCAUUUUUAAAAAUCUUUUGCGUGCAUGGAAUGACCCAGGCCGGCUAUGUGUUACAGACAUUGAAAGGAAAUGUUUAUAUCAGCUACUACCUUCAGGUCGUUGGAUGAAGAAACAAAAACAGUUAAGAGGACAAGACCAAGGAAAAAAGACAAAGGCUGAAGCA